AGCGUGUAUUCAUGAUUUCUAAUAAACGUUGAAAGCGGCCUUCGUCUCCCGCCCAAGUUAAUGUCAAUCGCUAUCAAUAAAAAAAAAGUUUCAAAUAACGCGCGUUCCAAUUCACGCGAUCCCAAAUUUUCGGCAAAUUCCUUCGUCCACUUUUAUAAGUACGAAGGAUAAUGAAUCGGAGCGGGAUCGGUGUAUUGACGAUGCACAAGCGAGAGUAGGACAGGGAUAUUGUGUACUUUCUUUUAUAGAUUUGCUGAAAGCGUUACGAUAGGGCUCUGUAUUUCAGUGCCGGUUGGUCAGUCGUCGAGAGAGGAUGUUGAAUUUUCCCGAUGGCUGAAAUUUUCCGCAAUCUCUCCAUGCGAUUACCAUUUAAAAAUGCUACUGCCCUUCUAAAGGCAGAAUAGCCUUUUAAUUAAGUACAUUUUUAAAUUUAAGAGUAUUUGUGUAAAUAUGUGUUAGUAACUUCCUAAUAAUAAAACAUUAAAUCUGCCGAAUGCCUGAUUUGUAGAACGAUUCGUGCGUGUUUGCGUUUUCUCAGCGGCACCGUUACAUUUCCUUUGCUUUGGUGUUAGAAAAAUAAAAAAGUGCAAUGUGAGUGACAGUUUCGUGAAUUUGAAUUUGGAAGUUUUCGGAAUCGAUCAUGCCGAACACUCCGGUGGCGCCCGGGUUCCAAUGGGACAAGCUGUCACCAGCAGAGUUCCAGCAGCUUCAAGAGCUCGCUUCUUAUUCAACAAAGAAGCUACAGGAUGUCCUUAACGAGUUCUGUGAGGUCAAGAAACAGAGUCCGGAUGGGGACAUCGACUUCGAAGGGUUCCGCUGGUUCCUGGACAACUUCCUCGAGUGCUCAGCGCCAGAUGAACUCUCCAGGCAUUUAUUCCUGUCAUUCGUCCGGCGCGACCGUCGGCCGGCGCUCCGGGAAAUGGCCGCUGCUAGUUCAGCCGCCGCGUGCGCCGCUGUCACUGCGCAUGGCGACCACCAGACCACGAAGCACACCCUGGCCUCGAAGAUCCAUGGGCUAGCUGAACGGCUUCAGCAGCUCGGCAAGGGCUCUGGAGACUCGGUGGAUGGGAGCGACAAGGGAUCUCGGAGUCGCACUGGGAGCGUACACCCCAUGUUCACAGUGACCACGCACCCGUCGUACUCCUCGCACGAGCUGUGCCUCGGGCGUACGGAGACCAGCCCCAGCCACAGCCAGAUGUCCAGGAACUCGAGCAGGAAGAGCAGCAACUCCUUGAGGGUGAACCAGUCUACCAAGAUCGAAGAUUUCAAGCACCUCAUGCGACGAUCGUCUACCCUAGAAGUCCACACCGCCAGAGUGUCGUUGAAGGACAUUGUAUGCUAUCUGUCGCUGCUGGAAGCCGGGAGACCAGAAGAUAAGCUGGAGUUCAUGUUCCGCUUGUACGACACGGACGGAAACGGGGUCCUGGACACCAACGAGAUGGACUGCAUCGUCAACCAGAUGAUGACUGUCGCUGACUAUUUGGGCUGGGAGACGUCUGAACUGAAACCGAUCCUACAAGACAUGAUGGUGGAAAUAGACUACGACGCCGAUGGAACUGUGUCGCUAGAUGAAUGGAAAAGAGGAGGGAUGACAACCAUCCCACUCCUCGUGCUGCUGGGCCUGGACACCAACGUGAAAGAGGAUGGUGAACAUGCGUGGAGACUGAAGCACUUCAGCAGACCUGCCUACUGCAACCUGUGCCACAACAUGCUCGUCGGGCUUGGGAAGAAAGGGCUGUGCUGCAUUUUCUGCAAGUAUACUGUGCACGAGCGCUGUGUGCAGCGCGCUCCUGCGUCGUGCAUAGCAACGUAUUCCAAGUCACGACGAGCCUCCGCCGCUCUGGCUCAUCAUUGGGUUGAAGGAAACUGCCACGGCAAGUGCGCUCGAUGUCGGAAGAAGAUCAAGGGAUACAACGGGAUAACUGGACUCCACUGCCGUUGGUGCCAUAUCACGCUUCACAACCGCUGCGUGGCCAACAACGCCGGGGGAAAUUGUUCCCUGGGCCGCCAUGCUCGUCACAUUCUGCCCCCGACAGCCAUCCGGCCGCUCGUGCUCGACCGACAACGGUCACUGCCUCACCGCCCGCAUCAAGAUCAGCAAACCCUCCCAACCUCCAUAUCCCUCCCCAUCUCCAUCUCAGCCCCCCCAGAGGACAAAAAGGAGGAGAAGAAGGAACACCGCGCUCCCCCCAUCUCCUUCCAAAUCUCCCCUCCUGACGGCAGCUGUCCCCUCCUGGUGUUCAUCAACCCCAAGUCGGGGGGCCGCCAAGGGUCCAGGGUGCUGAGGAAACUGCAGUAUAUCCUGAAUCCGAGGCAGGUGCAUGAUAUUGCGAAGGGCGGGCCGAUGCAAGGUCUGCAGAUGUUCAAAGACGCGAAGAACUACCGGGUGAUAUGCUGCGGUGGCGACGGAACCGUCGGCUGGGUGCUGGAAACCAUGGAUAAAGUACAAAUGGAAACGCAGCCGGCAGUGGGGGUGAUCCCGCUCGGGACAGGGAACGAUCUAGCGCGCUGCUUGAGGUGGGGUGGCGGGUAUGAAGGCGAGUCCAUUCACAAGAUAUUGGAUAAAAUAUCUCACGCCAGCACCGUGAUGAUGGACCGGUGGCAGAUAGACGUCGAAAACACCGAUGAAGAGCAACGAGAGCCAUCAGAGCAGCCAGAGAUGCCGAGCUCGGCGCCGCACCCGACGUCUGUGCCCUACAACAUCAUCAACAACUACUUCUCUAUCGGCGUUGACGCGGCGAUCUGCGUGAAGUUUCACACGGAGCGCGAGCGCAACCCGGACAAGUUCAGCUCCCGGAUGAAGAACAAGCUGUGGUACUUCGAGUUCGCCACUUCGGAACAGUUCGCGGCCAGCUGCAAGAAUCUACAUGAGCACAUCGAUAUUGUGUGUGACGGGUCAUCGCUAGAGUUGAGCAAAGGUCCCGCUCUGCAGGGGGUGGCGCUGCUGAACAUCCCCUACGCGCACGGCGGCUCCAACCUAUGGGGGGCAAGCGGGGUGCAUCGGAAGGGGCGCUUCCCUAAUGCACAACAAGAUAUUGGCGAUAAGCUGAUAGAAGUGAUCGGCCUAGAAAACUGCCUCCACAUGGGACAGGUCAGGACAGGGCUCCGCGCCUCGGGCCGUCGGCUCGCGCAGUGCAGCUCCAUAGAGAUGACCACCAAGAAGACUUUCCCUAUGCAGAUAGACGGCGAGCCCUGGAUGCAACCGCCCUGCAAGAUUACAAUCACCCACAAAAACCAAGUACCAAUGCUCAUGGGACCAGCACCUGAGAAGGGAAGAGGAUUCUUCAAACUCUUCACCCAUUGCUAACCGUCUCUUUCACUCAUUCCAUGUUAAAUAGAAAAGAAU